AUGGCUGACCGAGUUCCGGCGAGAUUCAGUCACGCGCCGGCGUGUGAGCAUCAAUACAAUCAGUUACUGUAUUUGCUUGUGGGCUUAGUAGCGAUUAGUGAAUUUAGUCUCGCUUAUCUACCUACUACUACCAUUUCUAGUGCAUUAGUAUUUGGGCUUGGACGAGGAGGUCAAAGGCGCUUUUGGGAGAAUUUGGAUGAGGUUGUACAUGGUAUUCCGCGCACUGAGAAGCUUUUUAUGGGAGAAGAUUUCAAUGGCCACAUUGGGGCGAUGUUUGGGGGUUAUGACGAUGUGCAUGUCAUCUUCGAUUUUGGAAUUAGAAACGGGGGAGGAACUUCGCUAUUGGACUUUGCUAAAACUUUUGAUUUGGUGAUAUCUAACUCGAGUUAUCAAGUGGGGAGCUUUGACUAA